CAGUUGCUGAGGUGUGUAACGUUUUCUGAGUUGGAAUGUUAAGUUCCAGCGUGGCACACUCCAGCAUGGCUAACGUUAAUGCUGAGCAGAUAUGUUUGUUUAUUUAGCUCAAAUUAGUCCUAAUGUUACAACCCUAAUCUAACCCCAAUCGGAAGCAUAAAUGUGCGUGAUUCUCGUAGUAGAUGACCAUGUAUGUUUGUUCAGUCGCUGUUAUGAUGAGUGAAAGUCGCAGCGGUGACUUGCCGUCUCAGUCUAUUGGUAGCCAUGGUUCCAACUCUUCUAUGCGACGGAGGAGGAAUAUCAAGGACCAGACAUGCUUUUGCGGGUUGAAGACAACGAUCAAGAAAUCUGGUACAAGAGAGAAUCCAGAUAGGUUGUUCCACACUUGUGCAAGACACCUGAAGGGAAGCCACUGCAACUUCUUUAGGUGGGUUGAUGAUGAUGGGUAUGCAGCAGAGACAGAAACUGAUGCAGAGGUUGGUGGUGACUAUGAUGAAUGAAGAUUGAAUAUGUCAUGGAGAUUGGGUAGCUUGGAGGGUGAAGUUAAAGCAAUGAAGAUGCUAAUAAUGUACAUCUCAGCUGUAAUUAUUGUGGCUACUGUCAUUUGUGCAUCACUUUUGUUCACAUCAAUCUCCAAAUAAAGCUACAGAUGGAGUGUUAUGUUGUUGUGCUUUAGAGGUGUUGUUAGAGCUUUGAGAUUGAACUAUUUGAUAUGUAAUGAUGAUGUGACUUAUGAAUGAGAAGGCAACUUUAAGAG